CCCCGCCGCCUCCCCGCCCCCACCCCACGCCAGGAGGAGACGACUAUGGCGCAGACGCUGCAGAUGGAGAUCCCCAACUUCGGCAACAGCAUCCUGGAGUGCCUGAACGAGCAGCGCCUGCAGGGGUUGUACUGCGACGUCUCGGUGGUGGUGAAAGGCCACGCCUUCAAGGCUCACCGGGCCGUCCUGGCGGCCAGCAGCUCCUACUUCCGGGACCUUUUCAACAACAGCAAGAGCGCGGUGGUGGAGCUGCCGGCGGCCGUGCAGCCCCAGUCCUUCCAGCAGAUUCUCAGCUUCUGCUACACGGGCCGGCUGAGCAUGAACGUGGGAGACCAGUUCCUGCUGAUGUACACGGCCGGCUUCCUCCAGAUCCAGGAGAUCAUGGAGAAAGGGACUGAGUUCUUCCUGAAGGUCAGCUCCCCCAGCUGCGACUCCCAGGGCCUGCAUGCCGAGGAGACCCCUUCCUCCGAGCCCCAGAGCCCCGUGGCCCAGACCUCCACCUGGCCCUCCUGUAACACCCCCUUGCCCCUGGUGUCCCGCGUCAAGACAGAGCAGCAGGAGUCGGACUCCGUCCAGUGCACUUUCGUGGUCAAGCGGCUCUGGGACAACGGCCAGAAGGAGGGAGGAGGCGGCGGAGGUGGGGGAGGAGGCAACAACGGGAGCCGCAAAAUGGCCAAGUUCUCCACGCAGGACCUAGGAGGCAACCGGCAGCAGCAGCAGCAGCAGGGGGCGCAAGCAGGAGGAGGCGGCGGGUCCGGCGUGGUUAGCGGGCCCAGCACGUCCGACCAGACCAGCCCCGGCACGUCCAGCGCCUACACGAGCGACAGCCCAAGCUCCUAUCACAACGAGGAGGAUGAAGAGGAGGACGCGGCCGAGGAAGGCUCCGAUGAGCAGUACCGGCAGAUCUGCAACAUGUACACGAUGUACAGCAUGAUGAAUGUAGGGCAGGCAGCAGCAGCAGCCGCAGAGAAGGUGGAAGCCCUGCCCGACCAGGUGGCCUCUGAGUCUCGCAACCGGAUCCGGGUGCGGCAAGAUCUGGCGUCGCUACCGGCCGAGCUCAUCAACCAGAUCGGGAACCGGUGUCACCCCAAGCUGUACGACGAGGGCGACCCUGCUGAGAAGCUGGAGCUCGUGACAGGCACGAACGUGUACAUCACCCGGGCGCAGCUGAUGAACUGCCAUGUCAGCGCGGGGACGCGGCACAAAGUGCUUCUGAGACGGCUUCUGGCCUCCUUUUUCGAUCGGAACACUCUGGCAAACAGCUGUGGCACCGGCAUCCGCUCGUCCACCAACGACCCCAGCCGGAAGCCGCUAGACAGCAGGGUCCUGCAUGCCGUGAAGUUCUACUGCCAGAACUUCGCCCCCAACUUCAAAGAGAGCGAGAUGAACGCCAUCGCCGCCGACAUGUGCACGAAUGCCCGGCGCGUGGUCCGUAAGAGCUGGAUCCCCAAACUGAAGCUGCUGAUGGCAGAAGGGGACACCUACACCACGUUCAUCAACGACACUGGGAAGAUGGAGCCGGACAUCAUGGGAGUGGAGCACAACUUUGAGACAGGCAGUCACGACGGGGAUGCAGGGACCUCGGCCGAGAGCCUCCAGUAAAAACCGCUUCCUCCCUUUAGCCCUUUCCAUUCACUGAUUUAUUUUAUUUUAAUUUCUUAAGUUGAUUAUUUUUAGCGUCCCACGUUGAUUUGAGUUUAAUCUGUUUUUUGUUUUUGUUUUCGGUUUGCCAGGGGGGAAAAAAAAGUUGCACCGUCUCUUUAAAAAACCAAAAUCAUCCUCGGUUCCUAAUGCAGUGUGGGUAAUGAGAGAGGGGUCGGCGGUGUGGGCAGUUUUGAUCUCACGCUGUUCUUCCCGGGCGGGCGGAUGUUUUUGUGGGUAGCCUUGUGAGUCAAAUCGGGGAAAUCCCCCCCCUUUCCUCCCCUUUGCGUUGUGCAGGAUCCGUGCUUUUAAUGAGCUCUCUUUAAAUAGAUCUGUAAAUAAUUGAUUACGCUCUAUAUGCAGGUUCUGUUUAUAGGUGGUUUGCAAAGGGGCAAUAAAUGAUGGAUCAUAUCUCAAGCAUAUCAAAGACAGGAGCGGAGGGUGUGUGGCAGCUGGAUCUAAGCUUCCCAUUGGAUUCGAUAACCAUCCCUGAGAACGGAUUAACCGUGCAUUCAAGCCGUCAUUAACCCCGUGCAAACCGCUUACGAAUGGAGCCUUCGUACAAAGUGUGCCCGGAUGAUUUUUACAGGAAAAUAAAAAUCCAAAUUAAGACCCUGAUUUCUAAAAAGCAUCUGUUCAAGACAGCAUGUAAGCAUGCGCUUAACUUUAAGCACCUCUUGAAUUCAGUCAAAAUGGGCCUUUGACCUUAUUCAUCUUAAGUGCCAAAGUCCCGUUUUCUUUCAUCCAUCCGCGUGUUGCAGUGAUGAGGGUGGAGAUAAAGGAUGGGGCUUAACGUGUGCGUCUCUGAAUGGGGGCUUUUUUUUUUAAAGCAAGUGACAGAGCAACGCUUCUGGCUGUGAUGUCUUUUCACAUUGCGUCUACACUGGAUUUUUUCUUCUUUCCCCUUCCCACCACGUAGUGUCAGAUCCGAGUGCAGCGACUCACAAGUGACCUCUAUGGGGAUUUGAACCCUGCCCAGAGCCAACCCAAUUUCCUGUUGCUUUGUCUCCCUCAAGUGGCCAGGCUGCAUGUAAAGGUUUGAAUCCUCUAAUGGGCCACAUCUUUCAGCUCACCUGGUCGCAGUUUGGGCUUAUUUUGCCACAAGUCUGAGAUUCAGUCCCCAGCCAAGGGGGGUCGGGUUACGCUCACUUGAAAUUCGAGAUCAGCGGCAGAGCUGGGUGAAAAGUGUUGGCUGAGAUUUCUUUUGGCUGAAAAAGGCGGAUUCGCCGCCGAACCGGGGCAGUUUCACCCAAUUGUUUUGGCCCAACCCAUCCCCCGAAACGUUUUGUUUUGACAUUUUCAAAUGAUUUCAACGUUUCAACAUAACGUGUGGUUUAGAAAUGACCUUCAAUUUUAUUUUAGAAAUACCAUUUAAAAAAAUGCUCCAAAACAAAACGUUCUGCUUCAGGGUGAACAGGGUUUGUUCAACCUGAUGCAACUUUUUUUCUGAUUUUUUUUUUUUGGGGGGGGGGGAGAGGAGCGCGCGGGCACGGAGCGUUGACACUGACAUCACUAUAGCUACGCUGAUGUAAAACCAAAAUCCAGCAUAGAUGAGACCCUGAAUGCGAUAUGCAAGGCCGUGUUUGUUUUUUAAAUAGCAAGGGGCAUUGUCGAGGCAAAAGAAAAAGAGUAAUCUAUUUGAAUCCUUUCUGAUUAAUGGCAGGAUCCCAAGUUGUGAUUUUAAACGUGUAGACCCCGAUCCUGCAAACACAGACAGGAUUCAUCUGUAAGCGUGUGUGUGUGUUCAUUGACAUGUUCACAUGCUGCUUCUUAAGCACUAGGCCCUGUUUCCAUUCCUGGAAUUGAUGCUGUAUGUUUUCUUGAAAUGACACUGGUUAAUUUCACAUUCCCUUUCUAGUCAGUUUCACUUCUGUGUUGCUUUGCAGUCAGGGACUCCUGGGUUCUGUUCCCAGCUCUGGGAAUGGCGUGUGGACUGGUGGUUGUUACAGGGGGCUGGGAGUCAGGAUUCCUGGGUUCUGUUCCCAGCUCUGCUACCGACUUACCCCUCUCUGUGCCUCAGUUUCCCCAUCUGCAAAAUGGGGAUAAUGAUUCUUACCUUGGAAAAGCUGCUAAGUAUUAUUACUAUUGUUGUGGUUGUUGCAUCUGUGAACAUUUUUAAAUUAAAAGAAAAAACAACCACACCCCCAAAUUGGAAAUUAAAAUGCCAACAUGAAAACAUCGUUAUCCCUCUUAGAAUUUUUUUUUUGCCACCUUCUGUUUUCUUUUUAAGUCAGUGCCCUAUCCCAGGAGUCGGUACCCCUUGGAGCUGAUAAAACUUUCCCCAUAAUUAGGUUAUGGGGACAGGGAAAGUUUAAAAAAAAAAACAUUUAAAAUGUAAUGUAAAAAAAUCUACAUUUCAGGAGUUGGGGGGCUGUGAAUAGUAACUUUGUUGGGGUCUGACCCCCUCUCCCAUCCCCCUUGUGUAGCCCUGUACCCCAGCGGGAUCAGACUGGGGUGAUCAGCUGCCGGAGGUUAAGGAUGGAGGCGUAACGCCAUGUGGACGGUCUCUCUAGUUGCUGUAGCAAGUCAGAUCGUUUUGUGUACGUGACGGCGGAUGGGGAGAGGGGAUUAGUAGAAAGAUAGAAAAUCAAAACGGUUGUUGGCUUGUCCCUGGGGGAGUUCACACGCACCAUGCUCCGCCCGAUUGGAGGGUUCAAACCCUGGCCAUUCCGUGCUGCAAGCGUUGGCCUGAGCCGCUUGACUCUGCAGUGCUGUGAACCUGAGGACGUUAAGCAGAGGCAUGUAAAGGCAGAUCACUUCUGGCCCUGGGUCAGAUGGCUAGAGCGUACACAGCAUUGGCUGCCGAGGGGGCUUGUGGGAAGGGAUUGGAGGACCAUCAUCUAUUGAUUGUUGUGACUGCAGUUAGCUCGUCCCUCGGAUUGCUAACUCAGCGUCCGCCCCAUGUGGCUCGGGUAGCGGUGUCUGAAUGUGAAGCGUGUGAUGGGGGAAACCAGGUCCUGAACCUGAGUUAAAUCUGCCGUGGAGACGAGCAAAGCGCUCCCCUUCUCUCGAGCCUACCCUACACCCACACGUAUAUUACUGGAUCAAAGGGGGUGGUUUUCACACGGAUGUAGUUAAACUAGAUGCAACAUUUGUGUGUGUGGACGUUCCUAUACGACUUUAAACCUGGCUCCUGCCUCUAAAAUUACAGGUGCAAGCUAAACCAGUUUGAAACCCAUAUAAGAGUGUCCACACACAAUUAAACCGAUUGACCUGAAACCGGUGCAACAUCUGUGUGUAGGGCUUCGUCUAGCUACAAAGUUUUGCCGGCAUAGCUGUGUUGUCUGGGCGUGUGACAUAAUCACAACCUCCUCCCGGCAUAGCUGUCCCACCACAACACCCGGUGGAGAUACAUAGUUGAUGGCGUUCGGGGAGACAAUGCUGUGCUGGAAUAGAACUUCCUUUGUCGGUACAAGCCGCAUCUCCACAUCGCUAGCAUAGACGAGCCCUUGGUAUGGGUUACCCCAGGCAGGGUUAUUAGGACUUAAGCAAUCCCGGAGGACCAGGGAAGGGCAAACAUAGUGCCGAUCUUUAAAAGGGGAGCAAAGAGGCCCCCGGGAAUCACAGAGCAGUCAGCCUGACUUUGAUAUCUGGAAAGGCAGUGGAACAGAUGAUUAAACCAGCAAUUUAUAAGCCCCUAGAGGACAAUGGGGUGACAAGGAAUUAGCCGGCAUGGAUUGGUCAAGAACAAAUCACGCCAAACCAAGCUAAUUUCCUUCUUUGACAGGGUUACUGGCCUCGCGGGUGGGGGGAAGCAGUAGACACGAUAGAUCUUGAUUUUAGGUGGGCUUUUGACGCAUGACCUCAUCAGCAAACGAGGGAAGUGUGAUCUAGAUGAAAUUAGUAUCAGAUGGGUGGCGGGAAGACUCAAAGAGGAGUUAUAGCUGUAGAACUGGGAGGAUGUCUCUUGCGGCGUCCCGCAUGGGUCAGACCUGGGUCUGGUCCUAGUCAAUAUUUUCAUUGACUUGGAUGAUGGAGUGGGACCCGCGCUUCUGGCAUGUGCGGAUGUCCGAGCCGGGGGGGGAAGGAGGGGGGUUGCGGGCACUUUGGAGGACAGGGCUCGAAUUCAAAACGACUUGGACAAAUUGGAGAGAGAUGAAAUUCAGUAAAGACAAGGGCAAAAUAUUUCACUGGAGAAGGAAAAAUCAAAUGACAAAAAAAGACUCGCCUCGUUCUGGGGUGCAUUAACAGGAGGGCGGUGGUCAGGUGUGGGAGGUCCCUGUCGCUCCUCAGCACUGCAGGGUCUCAGCUGGAGUCCGGUGCCCAGUUCUGGGUGCUGCACUUUAGGAAAAAGGUGGAUAAACUGGAGAGAGGCCAGAGGAGAGCGCCGAAAGGGAUCAAAGGUUUCGAACACCUGGCCGAUGAGGAGAGGUUAAAAACCCUGAGCCUGGUUAGCCGUGAGAAAGGCAGACUGAAGGGGGAUCUGAUAAAUCUUCAGCUAUGUUAAGGGCCGUUAUAAAGGGGACAGGAAUCCGUCGUUCUCCCUGUCCACCGGAGACAGGACAAGAAGUAACGGGUUUAAUCUGCAGCAAGGGAGAUUUAGGUCUGAUAUUAGAAACGCUUUGCAACUAGAGGGGGCGUGGAAGGGAGGUGGUGGAAUCUCCAUCGUGGCCGGGUUUUAAGGACAGGCUGGACGAUUAGCUGUCGGGGAUGGUCCGGGUUUACUUGGCCCAGUUUCAGCGCAGGGAGCUGGACAUGGCGACCUCUCGAGGUCCCUUCCAGCCCCACAUUUCUAUGGUUCUUUGUCCUUUAUUCCCUAUUAAACAGCUUUGCUGAAUAUCCCCAUGCGACGGGUGAGUGGCUGUAAAACCGUUCUGCCCACUCCGCGAUGGUGUGAUGAUCACACGCUGUUACAGCUGCAUUUUGUAUCAGACUUGUAAUUACCCAGAGCUUCCCGCGAGGUGAUAUUAUUAAUAUAGUGGUUUUCAUCAAUAGAUCUCAAAGCUGCUUACAAUCUUUAUUAGUCACGGUUUCUUUUGACUGCAAAUACAUUCCCCUCUCUCUCACGCACACGGCUGCAGCAGAAAGAAAGGGAGAGGUGGUUGGUUUUUUGUUUAGAUUUUUUUUUAGUAAAAACUUUUCCGCCUGGAAUGUCUGACCAUUUGAUCUCCUUUUUAGUGAAAAGAGAAGUGUGUGUGGGGGGGGAAGAAAUGAACUAGUCUUGUGUGUCUGGAAAACAGCUGCCUGCAAAAAUUGUGCUUCCAAAAAUUGUAAGAGCAUAAAUCCUCUUAAUUAAUAAUUUUUAAGCCACCAGCUGUGGUGGGUUUGAGACGCCCUCCCACAUAAAUGUUUCUAGUGUGUGUAUUUUUAACACUUUAAGAACGUAAUAUCAAAGUAUAAUCCUUUAAAAAAAAUUUCCAAUCAAUCAGAAUAUGUAAAAUUCACCCCCGUUCAGCAGGCUGACUCCAGAUCUAUGCGUCGCUUACACGCUUGAACUAGAAUUUAACGUGACAAAAAAGACCCGUGCCGGUGUGAAUUCCGCCUAGUGGGGCAGAUCCCCAGGGGAUGAAAAUCUGCGUGGCUCCACUAAAGUCAAUGGGGCCAGAUCCUUAGCUGGUAUGAAUUGGCUGCAGCUCCGUUGGCGUCUGCCAGUUCACACGAGCUGAGGGUCAGGCCGUUGGGCUGUUAAGAACAGCCUUCUGCCGGGUGUGCCAACUUGUCAGUGGAAAAGCAGACUCCGCCCCCUCGUGCAUUAUCCUAGGAUGACUCGGGGCCCGCUCCUGUGAGAUGCUGAGCGCUGGGACCUGAGCCAGGGAAGCCCGAUGGAGCCUGCUUAACUUUAAGCACGCCAGAAGUUCUGAUGAAAUCAGUGGGACGACGCACAUGCUUAAAGUUAAGCGUGUGCUUAAGCGCUUUGCUGGAUCGGGCCCUAGGGCGUGGGAUUGGUUCAGAUUUGUCUACAAUUCAGAAACUUUACUGGCUCACUGGCAAAAUUCCAAAUGUUGGAGGAAAAGGUUUUGAUUUUUUUUUUCUCUCUUUAAAUGUUUCUUUCUGGGAUUUUGAUCAGCUGUAAAGAGUGCAGCGAAAUGCUUUGCACUGGGACAAAACAUCCCAUUGGGACAAAAUUUGAAACUUGGACCAAAUGUCACUCGUUAGCCCCUCCCCUCGUUUUCCUCCCAACCCUGUUUUAUCACAAUUUGUUUGGAAAGAUUUCGAGGUCAGGGGCCCGUUGGUCUGGCUACUGGUGGCUUGCGUGGCUAACCUUGUCUCUAGAUCAGCGUCAUUGGUUAGUUUGGCUCUUGAAGAAAUGAAAAGCAAAGACUUUGGGAUCAUGGUAACUGACUAGAAAUCAAAGACGAGCGUGUGGUGUUUGUUAGUUAUUUGAAAUAACCUUUUUUUUUAAUUGCUCCUUGUUUUAACGUGUGUUUUUUAAAUGUGGUGGUGUAUGAAACAUUAUUUUUUUGGUGCAUAUUUUUACUGAUUUCACUAUCCCCCCCUCUCCCGAUUUAAAAAUAAUAAUUAUGAAGCGGGGGAUGGGGGACUUUCCAAUGACACUGUAACUGGCUUCCCAAUGACACUGUAACGACUUUAUUUCACUUUCAGAAAGGAUACUGUCAAAGCAUUGUUAGGCCUGUACGCCCCGCUCUGGGCACUGAAUCCAGUGGGGUUACUUCUGUAGUUAGAGGCACAUUCUGUAACGCUCGCCAGGAAGCGGCCGCCCCCAAUUGUAAUGUGCUCAUGGCUGGGAGCCCCGCGCCGCCCUGCGGGCUGAAAUCUGAACUGCUCACCUGUGGGACAAGAGCCCAACACUGCGAAAUAGAAGCGUGGUUCUUUCGUAGCGCAGAGGGCUGGGGGGUUCUCCUGUGUAGAGCGGGAGGAUCUGAGUUCUAAUCCCGCCGUGAAAUUGCAAGUGAUAACAGUUAAAUCUGGGGUGGGGAUAGAUUUGUUAUAACAUAUUUUUACAAAGUCUUCAGCUGUUUUACUUAUAACCACCGGGGAUUCGGAGACUGGAGGGGAUUUUACAGUGUCUGUCCCAUCCAUAGAAUCACAGGACUGGAAGGGACCUCGAGAGGCAUCUAGUCCAGUCCCCUGCACUCAGGCAGGACUAAGUGUUAUCUAGAUCAUCCCUGACUGGUGUAGGUCUAACCUGCUUUCAGAAAUCUCCAAUGAUGGAGAUUCCACAACAUCCCUUGGUCAUUUAUUCCAGUGCGUCACCACCCUGACAGUCAGGACGUAUUUCCUAACGUCCAACCUCUAGAGCCCUUGCUGCAAUGUAAGCCCCUUGUGUCUUGUCCUAAAGAUCAGAACUCAGAUCUUCCUACUCUGCCCACGAUAGCCCCAGCCUGCCGUGUCCCAGGAGAAUCGUGCUGGUUCAUUCGCUUCGUGGUCACUUUUACAGUUUCACUUUGAGUUCCCCUCCAGGCAGGGGAGGGAGGUGAUGAGAUUCACAUAGUGAAACCAGACCCGCAAAAAUCCUAUUUCCCAGAGCAAUUAAAAUAGUCUAGAAAAUACAGAGCCUAGAGCUGGGGUAAAAAAGCCCUCUAAACAAGUGUGAGAAUGACUCCCUUUUUUUAAACCGAAACCUUUUUAGCUUGGCCUAUGUUGUUUGACAGUCCUUGCAGCCUUUGUCCAGCAGGGGGCAGGCUCCAGGUGAUGGGAAAUAACUGGCUUCCCCUACAGCUGCCCAGUCUCUCUCCUCUACCAGAGGGUGUGGGUUGCCCGGGGGGAGGGGGGGGGCAGAUGUGUGUCACAGCCCCCCCUCAGUGUGUGUCUGCAGAGCAUGGAGUAUGGUAGUGGCCACGCUGGGAGCUCUUGGGGGUCUCCGGUUUGGUGCCCCGGGGUGUCACCUGAGAUGGCGGCCGGGCUUGGAGGGGGAUCAAAGUGGUGUCUUGUGACUCUCGCCUCGAGGAGGGAAUUUCCUGUCCGGUUGUUAGAUAGAUGCAGCACCUGAGGCUGAGAGCUCGCUCGUCACCUGCCCCUCGCUGAUGCUGAUCUGAAGCACAUACCCUAGUCCUUACAAAGAGGCCCUGAGGGUGAGGAUUGAGGGGCUCAGGGGGGAGCCCAGGAGUCCUGACUCCCAGACCCCCCUACUCUAACCCACUAGACCCCACUCCCCUCCCAGAGCCAGGGAUAGAACCCAGGAGUCCUGACUCCCAGACCCCCCCCGCUCUACCCACUAGACCCCACUCCUCUCCCAGAGCUGGGGAGAGAACCCAGGAGUCCUAGCUCUCUCUUCCCACAGCGCUAACCAUUUGACCACACUCCCGCUCAGAACCCAGCUCUCCUGACUUUGCCAAGUGCCUUACCUGCUGCGUCGCGCUGCCUGGCUGGCUGCUGUUAAUUUGUAAUAUUUCGUUCAUUUACGCUGACUGGGACAGAUUCCUUGGCCCAGGAUAUAAAUCUCCCCUCCCCACCCCUCGCUGAACAGGAAGUGGGGCAGGAUCCGACUUCCCUGACUUAGGGACCAGAAUUAUGCAGCUACCAGUGGACGGUCCUGUUCUGCCAGCGCCUUUGGCAAUAGGCCAGUGGGGUCUGCUAGAAAUGUGAGGCUCUGUCACUUUCUUGGGGCACUUUUAGGAUAGCCCCGCGCAGGCCCCUGGGGCCGGUCCUGUGGUUGGAUCUGCUCUACCCAGGCAGAAUGGGAGCUGUCACGGGAACGGAGCAGGGCGGAUAGGGACUGGGGGCCAGCGAAAGCUGCGGAUCAGCGUGCGUUACGUGCCCCCCCAGCCCCCUCUCUGUGCCUGGUCCCCACACGCUGUAGCAGCUCCUGCUUUUAGCUCCGGCGGUGUAGCCGUCACACCAGGACUCCUGGGUUUUCUUCCCAGCUCUGGGACAGGGAGGAGUCCCUUCGGUCCCGUGCCUCAGUUUCCCCAUAUACACACACUGAACUGGAGGGAAUAUGGCCCAGCCUGGUGACCCACAGAGGAUGCGGGCAGCACAAGCUGACAGCGUUUGCGGUGAGGACGCGGCAGGGCACAUAGUGUGGCGAGUGUCAGGGAAAAUCAGCCGGAUCUGGCGACUGGCAGGGAGAUCCCCUGGGGUGGGGGUUGCUUCUGGGAUCUCCCCGGUCUGUGUUCUUGCACUAGGUCACAGCAGGGAUCCCUGCCGUCUGGGGGGAUCUCAGCCCCAGGAGGCUGCUCUAACUGCCGCUUCAGGCCUGGGGAGGUACAGACUAGUCUGAUCUGCCCCCUAUUUCCACCACCUAGGCAGGGUGGAAUUCCCAGGCCCUCUGCACCCCAUAGGCACUUUCAGAUCCCUUUGUGCUGCUGGGGAGGCGGGGGGAGGACUUGAGAAUCAGACCCAGAACCUCCCAGGCAUGUGGGCGGCCAACAGCUGGCCUGACAGAAAGUUCUGGGGCUGGGGGAGAAAGUAGCUCCGCAAUAAGGACUGUGGUGGCGUUGGGGCUGGUUCUGCGUGGGGGCUGGUUCUGCUGGUUAUUCCCCUCUCCUUCCCACCCCUCCAGUAACUGGACUUUUGAUUUAAUAUUGUAAAAGGGAAAUGAGAUUUCAGUCCCAGAUCCUGGAGUUAAAUGCUUAAUUCCCAGGGGAGUUAGGCAUGUGAAUGCCUUUCAGGACUUGGGGUUUAGUUUAUAAUGCAGGGGGAGGGGAUUCUGGGGUGGGGAGCCUAGUGGGAAUGGGUUUGCCGCAGCCCCCUUUAGCAGAGUUGGGUUACACCAGUGCAUGUCUGCCGCUGAUGCUUUGGUUGUAAUGGAGUGACUCCGGAUUGUCUGGAGCUCAGAGGAGUGACUCCGGCUUGACACCGGAACUGAGAUGGGAGUAGGUCUCACUUUCUGCAGCUAGAAUUUUUUUGUUUGUUUGUCCCCCUCCUUCCCUGCCAGCCCCGAGAGGACUGAGAUGGGCGUGUGUCCCCCCUGCCCCACAGCGUGCUCCAGGUGCUCCAGCCUCAUUGACAUUGUAACUCGGGAGACCUCUCCUUACGCAACGUGCCGGCAAUCCCAGAUGCCCCUGCACCCCAGUGUUCUUGACUCUCCCAAGAGCCAAGGGAGGGCCCAUGCCAUAGAUCCGUGCCUGGAAAUGGGAUGUUAGCCACAUGCUCGUCCACCCAGGCUGCAGUGUGUUAGCCUGCACAUCCCUUCACCCCGAAUUAACCGUGCUGGAAACCUGACAAUCUGCCCCCCCGCCCCGCGCCAGGUUCAAGUGGGAAGCCCUUCCCGCCCGCCCCCACUCCGGCAAUGGGAAUUUUUUUUCUAAGCUGGCAAAUGUAUUCACAUGAUUGUUUGCGUUUUCUUUCCAAUCCGGACUUCACUUUACGCGUUUGAGUUGGGACGCGGCACCUGGGUUUGUCCCCAGUUCUUUGGUUGGCUGGGUCGGUUUCCCUUUCGUUCCCGGCGUCGUUGGUUUUGGUUUCUUUUAAAAAAAACAAAACGAACUGAGGGAAAAAAACGGAUUAAAAAAACCUCUCUAAUUUACUCUUUAAAAAGCACUAAACACCUGCUUGUUCAAAGCGCCUGCCCGUGCAGCAUGGAUGCCUUCCAAGUGCUUUCAGUUGAUGCAAACAGCUUCUAUAAUCUCAAGCAUCCCCCCCCCGACCCCCCGUCUCUGCCACCCCGUCAUAACAUACUUACAAAGAGGAAAACAAAACAAAACUUUACAAAAUGUUAAUGCAACUCACUCUUUGCUCUCCAGCGCCCCCUGCUGUUACUCUAACCCUGCCCCCGCCCCCCCAAUAAUGCCAGUAUUUGUUCUGUGUUAUAAGUGCCAAGACAUUUUUGUGACUCCCUCAUUCCUGUGACCUGAGAGUAUCGACAAUUGCACAUUAACUACUGUAAAGAUUUAAAAAAGAGGAAUUCAGAAAUGUUAAUAAAAAAAAAAAAAGGUUUGUAACAAA